AUGAGCUUAAUGGACAUUUCCAAGAUCUUUUCCCUCCUUAAACCUAAAGAUGAUGAAGAGGAUGGGUGCAGGGAGCUAAACAAGGCCAUCGCUGAGGAUGAUGAGAAGCUCCUAGCGAACCUGCUCUCUCAGGAACAGUACAGGAAGUGCAUUAAUAGUCGGAGUGGAUGGGGAAUCCCAGGCACUCCAUUAAAAACGGCAGCAGCUCACGGUCACCUGCGCUGUCUAGAGUACCUGCUGUCCCACGGAGCUGAGGUGGACGGUUUGGAUGUAAAAGCUCAGACUCCACUCUUCACUGCUGUCAGCUCUAAACAUCUGGACUGUGUAUCAGCUCUGCUCAGAGCCGGGGCCGACCCCAACGGUAGCCAGUACAACAACUGCUCCCCGAUCCUGACUGCGGCCCGUGAAGGGGACUUGGACAUUUUGAAGGAGUUGCUGCGGUACGGAGCCGAGGUGGAUGUCAGGGCCAAAGUUCCAGACUGGGCCGCUAACAGCACGGCGUGUCGGGGGGCUCUUUACAUUUCGGCCGUGUACGGGCACCUGGAGUGCUUUAAACUUUUACUGCUGCACGGAGCCGACCCUGACUACAACUGCAGCGACCGCAAAAUGCUCUCCAGAAUCAAGGAACCCAAAACUGUGCUGGACACAUGUCUGAAAUACGGCUGCACAACUGAAUAUGUACAGCUGCUGGUGGACUUUGGGGCUAAUGUCUAUCUUCCAACGAUGAUUACAGAUAAAACGAGUGAGCAAAACGAAUCCGUCAUGCUGCUGCUCAGAGAGAGAGUUUGUCCCAAAACCCUGAUGUCUCAGACUCGACUGGCGAUUCGGAAACACCUCUUUACUCUAAACAGACUGAAUGUUAUAGAUGCCCUGGAUAUUCCACUGAUACUGAAGAGCUACCUUAAACACAUCACAUAA